UCACGUGAGAGUAACUGAGAUCCAAAAUGGAAGCAGUCGACAUGGAACGUCGAUUACUUGUUAUUGUUUUUGUUUUGAUUUGUCUUUGUGUGAAUCGUACCUGGUCAGUCCACGAAAAUGAAAAUGUUAUCAGUUUUCAAUCGUAUGCAGUAUCAGCAGCGGACGCAGUCAAUUCGAUAUCUAGUAGGGUUAGUUUAGAACGAAGCAAACGAGACGUCUCUGAUGUUCAGGCGAAAUGUUCCAAACAAGAAGAGGAUUUCCUCUCCUCUUUAAAGACAAACACACAUCUUGCAAAUAAGUUCAUCUUUGCCAACAAGACCCAUUUCAACCUGGCAAUGGCCUGGGCUAGUGAUAAGGACAAAGGGACCCUGAUUGUGGUGACAACGGAAAUCGUUCUGAUGAUGUUUGCUAUGUCCAAUAUCUGGAGGAGCACUGACUAUGGUCGCACAUGGACAAAUAUUGAUGAUUUGGUAAAGAAGGCUGUGAUCAGACAGGACCAUGGAUUGCAGAGGAAUCCACAUGAAGCCUCAUGGGUGUACAUGUUAACACACAAGGCAACAGUGCAUAUCACAGAGGAUGGGGGAGAGAGCUUCUCUGCCAAACAGGUUACGAAAGACGGGACAACUGUGUCGGAACCACUGAUCUUUCACACUGACAAUCGCCCCAAUUUGAUUCUGGCUAUAGCAAGCAAUCGAGACUUAUUUGCUACUAAUAAGAACUUCAAGUACAUCCGCCUGAUCACAGAGAAAGUAUGGCAGGCCAAAUGGGGAAAUGAGGAGAUGAAGGAGCCAGAUGCUAUUUUUGCCUUGGUGGGAACUGGUAUCCGACAUACGUUUAUGUCAAAUAAAGUCACUACAUACACCCUGACCAAGUUUGCGGAUAUUGACGCUACUUCAAAGGAGGUGCUUCACAAGAAUGUUAUUGCGUUUGGAAUACAAGGAGCAUUUAUCUAUGCUUCUGUGUACAUGGAUGCUAAUCCCACACAGAAUUCCAAGAAGGUGAUGAUGGUGUCCACGAAUGCUGGGAGGACGUGGAAUGAGGCACAGUUACCCACCCUGGAUGGAGAUCGGUUCUACUCAGUGCUGGACAUGUCGGAGCACCUGGUCUUCAUGCAUGUGGACAACCCUGGAGACACAGGGUCCGGCACACUGUACACAUCCGCCAAGGCUGGCGUGGUCUACUCCGAGUCACUGCUCCACCACCUCUACCCCAACUUCAACAGCGUGACCGACUUCUACAAGGUGGAGUCUAUGAGGGGGGUCUACCUGGCCAGUCAGAUAAAUGAAGACAAGAGUAUCCACACAAUGAUCACAUACAACAGAGGGGCCAACUGGCAGCCGAUCAUCCCGCCACAGGGGGACUGCAAGGACCAAAGCAAGGCUUGUCAGCUGCAGAUCCACAACUUCUUCAGCAUCUCUAAAGGAGUCAGGGCCAAGCCACCAAUCAGCACGGCGAAUGCCCCUGGUCUUGUUCUAGUACAUGCUCAUGCUGCAGAUGCUCUCCAGACAACAUUGCCGAAUGUCUACAUCACUACUGAUGGAGGGUACAGCUGGAGGAAGACACUGGAUGGGCCCCACUACUACCAGAUUACAGACAGCGGGGGGCUGCUGGUCGCUGUCUCCACCAACCAGAGUAAGCCCAAACACAUCAAGUUCUCAACAGACGAGGGCAACUGCUGGCAUGACUACAAGUUCACUGAUGAUGAUAUACUUAUCACGGGGCUCCUGACAGAACCUGGCGGCCGAUCCAUGACCGUCUCCAUCUGGGGCUACACUAAUGAUCAGCAAAGGAAGUGGGUGGUCUACGUCAUCAACUUCGAAGAUGUCAUUACUAAAAAAUGUACUGACAUGGACUAUGAGAUAUGGAGACCUCACAGUGAGAUGAGACGCCAUGAGAAAGAGGGGGUGGAAGGCUGUCUCCUGGGGCUGAAACAAUCCUUCAAGAAGCUCAAAGCAGAUUCCUGGUGUCAAAAUGGAUAUGAACAUGAUGUAGAGAAAACUGAAAUGUCCUGCCACUGUACAAGGGAGGAUUAUGAAUGUGACUACAGUUUCUACCGGCCACCCUCAACUGAUGACUGUAUCCGAGAACCAGGCUUCACGGGGAAGGAUGUUGAUGUUUGUCUUCGGGGACAUGAAGAAGUAAUAAUUACUGAAGGAUACCGGAAGAUCCCUGGAGACGUAUGUACAGGUGGUGUGACAUUCAUUGGAACAAAGAUUAACAUGACAGCCAUGUGCAGUGUUGGAUCCAAGACGUUAGUCAAGGAGAUGGAAGCGCCUGUACAACAAGCAGAUCACUCGGUUGUCUUUGGAGCUAUAAUCACCGUGGUAGUCAUCCUCAUUGCUGCUGUCUCAGGCUACUUCUUAUACAAAAUGUACCUUCUUCAAAAACAUAAAGUGGUGUAUCGCUACUCUAUGCUGAAUCAGACGGAAGGUGAUGACUACGCCAAUGAGCUGGAGAAUGCUCUCACACAACAUACAUUAUAUGAAGAUUCUGAUGAUGAGGCCCUUCCUCACGGGUCAGCUAUGCAGAAGGGGUCAGCCAACAGGACCACAACCCGAACAAAGUCUAAAGUGAAGUCCUUCCAUGAUGAUUCUGAUGAUGAUAUGCUAGAGUAGAGGCAAGAGACAGCUGCUGACAUUCCGUGUCUGAAAGAACCACGGCUCAAUCCCCCGUACGGACACCUCUCAGUUCCAGUAUAACAGACUUUGUCAUGCAAAUUUUGUAACAAUUCAUUUUAUACUUGUUUAUGGCUCAUGUAAAUACCUUGUACAGAAAAACUUUGUCUGAACAGGUUUGUGUUCAGGAGGGUUAAAAAUCUUUUGCUUUGAGUAUGGUUAUAACAAUUUUUUCAUAUUGAAUGCAUCAAAUAGUUUCAGGAUCCAUGUUUUUUGUGAUAUAUAUAAGUUUUGGGAUCGAUCAGAAGACUGAUGCAGAUAUUUUGGUGGUCGAAGGUUGUUUUUUUAGCCAAUCAUUAAUGUUCACAUGAUCUUGUAAGUGUUUCACAGUGUUUUGUGUUCAAAUGUUCUCCAGGUCAAGUCCUGAUGACUCUGAUAUGGUAAACGACAUUGACCAAUGCUUUGAGGUUUUGAAAGGAUGUUGACAGCUUUGAUAUUUUUGUGUUUUCUGUCAAUAUUUAUGAAAUGAAUUGGAAGAAAUGACAUUAUGAAAACACAAAAAAAAUGUUCAGUGCGAUUGUCUGUUUUAACUGUAUGGUGACAGAACAUGAAAAAUGAGUUUCCGUUGCUUUGAAGCUCUAUGUUAAUUGUAAUUGCAUUGUGUUUGCUAAUAUGUCUUGUACAACUAUCUGUCCCACUGCUUUCUAUCAGAAACUAUCACGCUUCACAGACAAGAUGGAGUACACACUAGUAUGUCUGCUUAGUUUAUGUAUUCGAAAUAACUAUAGUUAGUCGUAAUACACUGUAGGACAAUAUUGUAUCCCCUUCUGUUGAUCUGUCAUUUUCAGCUGUGAAACCACCCAUUUUAAGUUUUUCUUCAAGCACGGGGAAUGGAACACGAAGCACCAAAUUUUCACCAUUUAUUGUUAGCUUUACGAAAUUGUUUACAUGUUACCAUAGUUACUAUUUAAAUGUUCACUGUACAGUAAAGAUUACAAAAACGGCCCCUGGUUCUUCCAAGAUGACUGUGAGAAACAGUUGUAAUGUACAUAGUAGUGGUUAUGUUUUGCUAGCAAUUUCAAAUUCAGUUCGUUAUUUCUGCAAUUCCUUCAUGUAUAGAGUAAAUACUUUGACAACAAACUGCAGUGUUUGAAAUUAAGAUGGGAUGGUUCCUUCAGGUCUUCUCAUGUGGUAUUUGACUUCAGAGGACCCAAAAUCUUCCUUAGGAGUUCAGGGUUAUACAAAGACCCCUUGACUUUCAUGGUUGAUUUUCAUCACUGAAGUAAUACUUCUCAACUGUUUCUAAUUAUAUUCACUGAAUGUCAUUCUGAAUAUAAGCAACAAAGCCAUUUCAAUAAUCGUAAGGAAUCUCUAUAAAAAGCAAAGUCCAUUGUGUGAUUCUGACUAGGUCAUAAGCAUGUGACAAUGACCCAGGUUCAGUGUAGUCAUUAGUGGCUUCAUGGAGUAGGGGGGCGGUCGGGCAGCCUAGUGGUUAAAGCGUUCGCUCGUCACGCCGAAGACCCUUGUUCGAUUCCCGACAUGGGUACAAUAUGUGAAGCCCAUUUCUGGUGUCCCCGGCCGUGAUAUUGCUGCAUAGCUAAAAGCGGCGUAAAACCAAACUCACUCACUCACUUACUCACUCAUGGAGUAGGUUAGCAACACUUUCUGUUUUUAUGGUUAACAGAUCUUUUGCAAACCAAAAGUAACAGGAGAAGGUUGAUAAAAAUAUAUAUGUGUAAUUAGGAUGUUUUGCUAGGUUUACUUAGAAGUAUACAUGCGGUUUGUGUAUACAGUGCAGAUUGUUACAUAUUUUGUCUCAAAUACCUAUUUCUGUCAGAGAAGCUUUCUUUUCUUUGUAAGUUGUUUGCAGUGGUCAGUAGCUGUUACAUUUUGUUCCAUUUUUGUGUUUGUAUUUUUAUGUGGGGCCUAACUA